AUGAGUGAAGCGAAGAAGAGCGAGCUUGACCUGCGGGAUAAAGCCAUUAUGCACCAGCAGAGGAGGCUCAAACAGGCCACACAGUUCACUCACAAAGACUCAGCGGACUUGCUGCCCCUAGAUGGACUAAAGCGACUGGGUACCUCCAAAGACCUGCAACCCCACAGUAUUGUGCAGCGGCGUCUCCUAGAAGGAAACAUCACGCGCAUGCGGGGAGAGGGGCGCGACCCCGCAGCCAGGGUCCGCUCCCCACUCGCUGACAACAAGGAGGGUGGCACCGAGAAGGAGGAAAGGAGCGAGAGUACAGCAGAGGACUCCACAGAAGAGAGGGAGUCCCCUGAGGAGAGCGAGAAGAGCCUGAGAUCUGAGGAGGAGGAGGAGGAGGAGGAGGAGGUGGAAGAAGAAGAAGAAGAAGAGGAAAACGGAGAGGAAGAGGAGGACAGCAGCAGUACCGGAGGAAAACGGAAGAACGAGAGCGAUAAAAAAGUUGAGCAGAAGAAGAAAGAGAGAAGCAGGACAGAGGAACAAAAGAGGGCAUUCGCUCUUGCAGCCCUGCUGGUCCAGUGCAAGUGUGGUGAUGCACAACUGGAGGUGCUCCUAAACACAGGCUGCCAACACAACCACAUCUCCAGCUCCUGUUGUAGAAGACUGGGACUGACAGACAGUGUAGAUGCUAAACCUCACACGGUGAAGGAGCUGCAGCUACAGCUGGGCAGAGAAAGAGUGAAGUGCAGUGCUCAGGUCACAGAGGAUGAGGAGUUUGAGCUGAGCCUUGGGCUGCAGACUCUCCAGGAGCUCAAAUGCUGUGUUGACCUCAACUCCAAAGUGCUGAGGCUUCAGACUACAGGAGAAGAGUUGCCAUUCCUGGACACACCAACCCAAAGUCUGUGCCAUCGUGACAAAAACAAGAACCUGUGAGGCCCUGACAUCUGCCCACAUCCGUUUAACCUGUCUCGUGAGAGGUGGGAGGUCCGGGGAUGGCGUGUGUGUUGAGCGCUGUCGCCAGAGACACACAAAUUCCUCUCCUCUUCCACCUUCUCCUCUCUUGUUUUGCCUCACGCUGUCAUGUUU